AUGAAGACAGCCAGUAAAGCACCAGAGACAAACUAUACUGGCCUAAACCAAAGCGCAUGCGGGGCUGAAACACAUUUGCGCGCGUUUUGCGGUGUAGGAGCUCUUGAGCCGAAAUGGUUCUCAUUGGGUCAACCAAAAGAUGCGUGCGAGCAUCUCAGCCACAUGCAAGGGCACACCCGUAACAUGGGUACCUAUAUGAAGGUUACCUUUCAGCACAUGGUAUUGAAAUAUGACAAGUAA